UACUUUACAUUUAGAUCCGCCCCUGUCACUCCUCCAUACAUUAAUCUCGAAAGCUGAAGCCCAUCUUCCUGAUCAUAAUCGCGAUUAUUCUAAUUUCCAAGAAUAAUGUCAGUUGUUGAGAUUGUGGUAAGGCCUGCUCUUGGAUUUGUUCUCCAAGCCCUUCAUUAUGCCGUCAAAAAAGCUAUAGAUAGAUCUUUAACCUCAGCAUACAUCUUUGACCGUCUCGAUGCAACAAUCUUUAGGCUCACAACGUUGGUGGCUCAAGUUGAUAAGCUUAGCGAAGAAGUGGAAGAUCCACAGAGGAAAGUUAUUGAAGAUCUUAAGCAUCUCCUUGAAAAGGCUGUUUCUCUUGUCGAGGCUUAUGCGGAACUCAGACGCAGAAACUUACUUAAGAAGUUCAGGUAUAAGAGAAGAAUCAAAGAGUUAGAAGCUUCAUUAAGAUGGAUGGUAGAUGUGGAUGUUCAAGUCAACCAGUGGGUAGAUAUCAAAGAACUCUUGGCCAAAAUGUCUGAAAGGAACACUAAACUUGAGGAAAACACGCGUCAACCAACAAACUUUAUGUGUUUCAAGAGCAGUAAUAGCAUAUCACAAAGUAAUAAUCAAGAUAUUGUAGAAGAAACAGACCAACCUUCAGAAGAAACCGCUGAAUGCUCGAGUGAUGGAUCUAAACCGAAGAUUGAUAUCCAAAUUCGCUGGAGCUCAAGAAAACAGAACAAAGACCACGAAAUCCGAUUCGUUAUGAAGUGAUGAUUUCUUGACGUACCAAUUGUGUCAAAUCACUCUUAGACUUUUUUUUAUAAUGUCAUAUCUAAUGUCAUAUACUUUUUUUUUAUAAAUUGUGCCGAUUGUGAUCAAACAAAGAGAAUACAUAAAUAUAUUACACAUUACA